UGCAGAAAGAAUUCAAGAUAAGGCUAAGCAUGAAUCAAAAGUAAACCUCCUCCCUGCUUAUUCUUGACUACUCGUUAUAAUCAAAAUGUUUGAAAACUUUGAAAAGAAUGUAAAUCUACUCGACCACAUGGUUGGAAUAAUUUCUUUUCAUCGUCGUAAGAAGUAGCCAGAGAUCACUGUGAGAAGUAAAAUAACUUGAUUUGCAGCGUUCUCCCAUUUGUGGGCUACUGCUGUGGCUCUAUUUCACAACGAUGGCCUCGAUCCCACACCCCCCACACGCAGUAUUGGUGCCCUUUCCCAGUCAGGGCCAUGUCAAUCCACUCAUGCACUUUGCCAAGCUCUUGGCCGCCAGAGGAUUCUUCGUAACUUUCAUCAACACAAACUGGAUGGAACACCGGAUCUUCAAAGCGCCUAACGAUGCCGCAGCGCUUUCCCAUCAGCUGCAGCACCAAGGCCUUCAGAUUCGCUUUCUGGCUCUUCCCGAUGGCCUCCCUCCCGACCAUCGACGAGCACAAGCGAUGGUCGAGUAUUUCCAGGCCAUGCAAAAGUCAGGCCCCGCCAUGGUUCGACUACUUCAAAGCGUGGGUAAUGUCGAAGUCCCACCGAUCACCUGUAUUGUUAGCUCUUGCUUCAUGUCUUGCACCCUCCAAGUGGCCACAUCUCUGGCUGUGCCUCGCGUCGUUUUCUGGACUUACUGCACCUCCGCUGCCAUUGUACUCGCCAAUUGUCGGAUGCUUGUGGAGAAGGGAUAUAUUCCGAUAAAUUUGAAGGAGGCACGGCGGCCAGAAAACCUUAUCACUUGUCUUCCGGGUAACAUUCCUCCUUUGUGGCCAACAGACCUUCCAACUGCCUUCAGAGUUGAAGACACCGCCGAUUCCACGUUUCAAUUGAUGAUGUACGAAUCUGAGAUUCAGGACAAGGCAGACUAUGUGCUUAUCAACGUGUUUGAAGAGCUGGAAGGACCCCAGGCUGCAGAGGGGCUCUCUAAAGGUUACCCUGCUCUACCCAUCGGACCUAGAUUGCCUUAA